UGAGUUUUGAUCACCAAAUUUCAUAGCUGCGAACUAAUCACAAAAAACAGAGUGUUUUUAUCACUAAACUUAUUUUUUUCAAUUCAACUAACAAUGAUAAAUACAAACAAACACAUUAUUUGGAGCACAUGAAACAGCUGAGGGUGUGGGUUUUAAUAUAAGUUGUUUGCUUCAAAAUCAUUCCACGAAUACAUUUUCUGCAUGACAUAAAAUACCUGCAUGAACCUAAAUUUAUAAAAAAUCGUUUUAUAACUAACUGUUAUUUUUUCAAUAGCUCCACUAACAUUAAACCAAACACCCAAUGAUAUCAAUGUUUUACAAACACAAAAUGCACAAAUUACAUUUGAAGUAAAUGGUCUCCCCCGACCAACUAUUACUUGGCUAUUCAAUGGAACUCAAAUACAAACAUCAGCCAAAUACAAAAUGGAAACAAAAGGAAAUCAAUUCAUUCUCAAUGUCAACAAAACUGAUUUCGUUGAUUCUGGAACAUAUACAGCUAUAAUCGAUAAUGGUAUCGAAAAACUUGAAGUUCCAGUCAAAAUGAAUGUUGGAGUGAAACCAAAAGUUGAAGCUGCAAAACCAGCUAAUGAACUAUCUUGUGUCAUCGGACAAGAUACACAAAUCUCAUGGAAAUUUAGUGGCGUCGAAAAACCUCACAUUACAUGGUUAUUCAAUGGACAACCAUUACCUACUAAUGAACGAUUUCAAAUUACCGAAACUGAAGAUGGAACAUCCACACUAUCGAUCAAGACUGUUGAACUCACUGACAAAGGUGUUUAUACUGCAAAAGCAACUAAUGCAGUGGGCGAAGUUGAAGCUAAGACAACACUCAAUAUUGCUGGUAUCAAACCUAUUCUAACAAAUGAUCUUGAAGCAACUCUUCAAGCAACAAAAGGUGAAUCGAUGACAAUCAAACUAUCAGCAUCUGGUACACCCAAACCAGAAGUUGUAUGGAUGCGAGGUAAUGAUGAACUUGCUCCAAGUGAUCGAAUACAAGUGAGUGGACCAACAAGUGAAGGCGAUGACACAUACACAAUCACAAUCUUGAAUGUUCAACCUGAAGAUCAAGGUGACUAUUCAGCUAAGAUCACCAAUGUUGGUGGAUCACUCAAAUCAAAGAAAUGCAAAGUCACUGUCACAAAAUCACCUGUGUUUGUCGGAAAGCUUACAGCACAAGAAGUGAAACAAGGCGAAACAGCUGUAUUUGAGGCAAAAAUUGAUGGAUAUCCAGCACCCAA